AUUCGUACAAUAUUACCGUAUGUUGCUGAGGUGAUAUAUAUCUCUCUCAUAGUAACAUAGUAUUAGGCUAUUAGGUAUCUUCUUCCUAAAGAGAAACUAAUUAACAAGAAUGGAGAAGGCACCCAAUAACCUAAUUGUUGGUUUGAUCACAACGAUUAUAGUGUUAGUAAUUUUAUGGAAGGUGGUGAACGGGGUCUGGUUAAGGCCUAAGAAGAUGGAGAAGUUGUUGAGAAGACAAGGUUUUAAAGGUAAUCCUUACAAAUUCAUUGUUGGAGAUGUCAAGGAUAUUAUCAAACAAACAAAAGCCGCAUUACAAAAACCAAUUAGUUUGGAUGAUGAUCAUCUGCCUCGAAUCGUCUGCUUUAUCCAUGAUAUUAUCCAAAAGCAUGGAAAACAUUGUAUUGCAUGGAUGGGGCCGACUCCAUGGUUGAUCAUCACAGAUGCAGAGAAGAUAAAGGAUGUGUUGACCAAGUAUGAAGAUUUUCAAAAACCAAAUCAUCCGUUUACCCAAUUACUCAUGGUCGGGUUGUUUGGGCUUGAAGGUGGAACAUGGGUUAAACAUAGAAGAAUAAUCAACCCUGCAUUUCAUAUGGACAAGUUGAAGAGUAUGUUCCAUUCAAUACAAGAGAGUUGUAGCUUGAUGACGAGUUCAUGGGAAGAGAUAGUAUCGAAAGAUGGUUCUGGUUCUGGUUCUGGUUCUGGUUCAAGUGAGAUAGACGUAUGGCCUUACCUUGAAAGUUUAACAGGUGAUAUUAUUUCUAGAGUAGCCUUUGGCAGUAGUUAUGAAAAAGGGAGAAAAAUAUGUGCUUUGCAAACUGAACAAGUCAAUUUAUCAAUUGCUGGUCCGCAACCAUCAAAUUACAUCCCCGGAUGGAGAUUUUUGCCUACAAAGAAGAAUCGGCGAGUGAAAGAAAUAUGUAAAGAAAUAGAAGAAUCAUUGACAGGAAUAAUAGAUUCAAGGAAAAAAGAAAUGGAGGCAGGGGUAGGCACCAAAGAUGAUCUUUUGGGCAUACUACUCGAAUCCAAUAUGAAAGAAAUCAAAGAAAAUGGAAAUGAAAAGGGAAAAGGCUUAACUACCAAAGAGGUAGUUGAUGAAUGCAAGAUUUUCUACUUAGCCGGAUCAGAGACAACUUCAACUCUUAUAGUUUGGGCACUCGUUUUGAUGAGCAAACAUCCAAUUUGGCAAAACCGCGCUAGGGAUGAGGUUUUGCAAGUUUUUGGGAAGGAUGGAGUGCCAACUUUCCAAGGACUAACCCAUCUCAAAACAGUAACAAUGAUUUUAAAUGAAACUCUACGACUGUAUACACCAGCAUAUAUGUUGUUACGCAAAGUCUACAAGGACACAAAGUUACGGGACAUGAUGAUUCCGGCGGGAACAGAAAUACUUCUGCCAUUAUGUGUGGUUCAUCAAGAUGUAAAAUUAUGGGGUGAAGAUGCAAAAGAAUUCAAUCCAGAAAGAUUUGCUCAAGGUGUUUCAAAUGCAACCAAAGGACAACCUAUAUACUUCCCCUUUAGUACGGGUCCGCGCUUUUGCAUUGGCCAAAACUUGUCCAUGUUGGAAGCUAAAUUGACAUUGGCUAUGAUUUUACAACGCUUCUCUUUCACUGUCUCCCCGACUUAUACUCAUGCACCUUUUGGUACUUUAACCGUUAGGCCUCAACAUGGAGCCAACUUAAUUUUAACCAAACUCUAGCUAGUAAGUACGGACUCUACUGCCCAAAAAAAAAAAAAAAAAAAAAGUACGGACUCUAGUAUAAGUUUACGUAUAAUGUAUGUAUACAUGUAUUGAUACAAUAUAUCCUUCCAUAUCAUUGUACAUGUACUAGCUUGGAAUUAAUAAACCAUCUUCCUACUAAA